AUGGUAGAUGCCAUGGAAGGAGAAAACAUGAGUUUCCCAAGUACGUUUGUCUUGGUGGGCUUCUCAGAUCAUCCAUGGCUGGAAAGGCCUCUAUUUGGAGUGGUGCUAGUCUUCUACAUCCUGACUAUGAUGGGAAACAGUUUCAUCAUCCUUCUCACUGUGGUAGAUCCCAGACUCCACACUCCUAUGUACUUCUUCCUAGACAAUCUGUCUGUGCUGGACCUCUGUAUCAGCACUACUAUUUUGCCACAGCUAAUGGCCAACCUCUGGGGACCAAAGAAGACAAUUGCUUCCAGGAGCUGCAUCACACAAGCCUAUUUCUUCCACUGGAUAGGAUGCACUGAAUGCAUCCUGCUGGCAGUGAUGGCCUUAGAUCGUUAUGUGGCUAUCUGCCAGCCACUCCAGUACACCCUUAUCAUGAGCCCCCAGGUAUGUAUGCAGCUGGCAGCCACAGCCUGGGGAAGUGGCCUAGCUAAUUCUCUGCUUCAAGGCACUCUCACUCUCCAGCUCCAACUCUGUGGUCACCAUACUUUGGACCACUUCUUCUGCGAACUGCCUGUUCUGAUCAAGCUGGCCUGUGAAGACACCACUGCUAAUGACUUGACAUUGGUUAUGGGAGCCAUCCCUUUUGUAAUUCUAGCUCCACUGCUUGUCCUGAUCUCUUAUACCUUUAUUGCCAGAGCUGUGCUGAAGUUACCUUCGGCUGAAGGAAGGCACAAGGCCUUCAGUACAUGCAGUUCCCACAUGAUUGUCGUCAUUAUGUACUAUGGGCCAUCCAUCUAUAUGUAUCUCCAACCCUCUUCUAAUAGCACCCAGGCUAAGUUCACAUCAUUAUUCUACUGUCUUAUCACCCCACUGCUGAAUCCACUCAUCUACACCUUAAGAAACAAGGAGGUGAAUAGGGCAUUGAAAAGGAUGCUACAAUUCCAGAAAGGGGUGAAAUCCUAA